AGCUAUGAAACCAUAUACUCCAUAAAGCGAAACCGUGAUCCCCUUUCCGUCCCAGUCGACCCGCCCAAACUGCGCACUUUCCACCAGGCCGCUGAUGGCAUGCGCGAGCCCUAUUUUGUUGGUGGCCCCCUGCUAUGGCCGUCCUCACACGCCGAACAAGGCUCGCCUGAAGCGCUCGAGGUGCUUGAAGAUCACCAACUCUUCACCACCGACAUCAAGACGAUGCUUUUCGACCUCUUCACCGCCACCGAGCUGCUCUACAUGGAGUACCAUAGGGUGUCUGAAGAGAGCACGAGAGCCACUCUUUCGUCGCUCAGAGGCGCCAUCCGCCUGCCUCCCGAGCCAUGUACUAGUGUUGGCAUCAUGGAAAGGCGAGCUUCCGUCAUGGCUCGCAUCGCUCGCGCGUGCUGGCUUGCCGGCUCCGUCUACCUGCGCGCUGUCGUCCAUGAGAUCCCACUUACGGACCCGGCCAACGCCGAGCCCAUCACCGAGCUGCACAAGCUGCUGAAGAAUCUUGACAUCCAAGCAUGGGCCACCAUGCCCUACAUCCAUCUGUGGAUCAGUCUUGUCGGCGUCGGUGCCGCCGUCAAUGCCACCCAGAAGCGUUUCUACGCCGUGCAGACGGGCCGCUGCGGCAUCCUCUUUGGCAGCAGAUGGUGGGACAAUUACCGCCAAGUCGUGCUCAACUUUGUCUGGCUGCAAAAGCUACUCCGUGGCGAGAUUGAAAAGGGGGGUGAUGCCGCGCCAUCCCUCGGCAGUCCAGAGCAGCAUCCUGACGGCGGCCAAGGGGUCGAUGACAUGGAGAGCAGCACCUACCUGUUGACCCCACCAGACAGCUCUGGAGACAUCCGAGACACCGACGAGCUGGACUUUUGCGACAACCCCAAGACGUGAGGGUCUGGAACGGAUCGAGUCAAAAGAAAAAAAAAAAGACAAUUACCUUUCUUGACAUGAAGGAUUCGCGGAAUCGACGGU